AUGGCGGCAAUGGCGAAUCUCGCUAACAACAUGGAAGCUAAUGCUGUUGCGACUCUGCAGGCUGUGCAGAGAUUGGGCCAACCGACUGGGAAUGGCAACGAAAAUAGGAAUGGCGAGGGGAAUGCCAAUGAUAAUGCUGAGGGUAACGACAAUAACACGGGAGGAGUUCCGAUGACCUUGGCGACGUUCCUCAAGGUGUUCCAAACGGCUUUCUAUAAGAAAUACUUCCCUGAGUCUGCAAGGGAAGCAAAAGAGAUGGAGCUAAUGCAGCUGAAGCAAGGUUCCAUGUCUGUGGCAGAGUACACCAACAAGUUCGAAGAGCUUUGUAGGUCUUCUCGAGUGUGUCAGGGUGACCCGGAGACUUACGAGAGUUGGAGAUGCGUUAAGUACCAGAGGGGUUUGAAGGACAACAUUAUGACUGCUGUGGCUCCUAUGGAGAUCCGUGUCUUUUCCGACUUGGUGAAUAAGGCUAGAGUAGUGGAGGAGUAUGCCAAGACCGUGGCGGCAUCUAAGGACACUCAUGGAGGGAGCUCUAGUCAGGGGGCGUGGCAAGUAUUUUCAUCCGAGAGGACAAAGCUUCUAGAGAGGAGGAUAUGUGCCUCAAGGCCAAGGGGGCUUCAGAAAGAACAAUCAGAAUCAGUUUCAAUUGGUUUAGGUGGUUGCUUCAAGUGUGGGUUGCCUGGCCACAUUGCGAGGGAUUGCCCUCAUGGGAGGAAUCAGAAUGCGGGCCAGAGUCAGCAUCAAGGUCGAGUCUUUGCUGUGAAUGCCAAGGAUGCUUCCAAGGCAGAUCCACUUAUGAGAGGUAUAUGUCUAAUUGCUGAUAAAUCCUUAGUUGCAUUAUAUGAUACUGGAGCUUCGCAUUCAUUUAUUUCAUUUGCUAAAGUUGAGAAAUUAGGAUUGAAAGUGUCAAAGUUACCUUUUGAUCUGCAUGUGCAUACUCCGCAUCAAACAGUUAUGACUAGGUCAGGUUGUAAAUAA